AUGGAAGGAGGUACUACACUAAGUUUAACAGACGACGAUGAAGAUGAAUUUGACGACGAACCGCUGCCCGAGUUGUCGGGGACAUUGUGUAAAUGGACAAACUAUCUUCACGGGUGGCAGGAUCGCUACAUUGUGUUGAAGGAUAACACCAUUAGUUAUUAUAAAUCAGAGGAUGAAAUAGCUUUUGGAUGUAGAGGAGCUGUGUCACUUUCCAAGGCUAGUGUAACGCCCCACCAGUUUGAUGAAUGUCGCUUUGAUGUCAGCGUUAGUGACAGUGUGUGGUAUCUGAGGGCUUCUACGCCAGAGGAAAGACAAACGUGGAUUGAUUCUAUUGAACUUCAUCAACAGGCAGACUCUGGUUAUGGAAGUGAGAAUAAUUUGCGUCGCCAUGGUUCCAUGUUGUCACUGGCCUCUGGGACUAGCCUGUCACAAGCUUCUGCUUCAUCAUUUAAACGGGGGCGUGGGUUGAAAGAAAAGCUGGCUGAGAUGGAAACAUUCAGGGAUAUUUUGUGUCGACAAAUUGACACGCUUCAGAGUUACUUUGAUUCUUGUGCAUCUGCUGUUAUACAUGGAGCCCACAAUGAAUUAUCUGAUGACUCUGAUGAUGAUCUGGACAACCCUCAUGCUCCCUCCUUACAUGAUGUACAUUUGCUCAGACCUGUGGAACUAAAAGGCAAGGACCUUGCUUCUGUUCUUCAGCAGCAUGGCGGUCACUCCAUUGAUUUCAAAGGUGAAGCUCUCACAUUCAAGUCAACCACCUCAGGAAUAAUUGCUACUCUUUCCCAUUGCAUUGAGCUGAUGGGCCAGAGGGAGGAAGCAUGGAAGAAGAAAGUGGACAGAGAGGUUGACAAGCGAAAGAAGUUUGAGGAAGCAUAUAAAACAUUAUUAUCUGACAAGACAAAGAAAUUAAUAUUAGGUGGCCCCGAUUAUGAGGAAGGACCACACUGUUUGAUACCAGAAGAUGAAUUUUAUGAUGCAGUAGACGCAACUUUAGACAAAUUGGAAAAGGAAGAAGAAAAGAAGAGAAAUGUAGAAUCCCCAAGCAAGCCAGGACAUACCAUAUCUUUGUCACCAUCACAUCACUUUUAUAAUGAGAUUAACGGAGUUGUUGACAGUCACAUCCGGCGCUUAUUAAUGGAGCCAGUUGAAGCAAGAGGCGACUGGAUAUGUAUUGUUGACCAAGGUGAUCUAAAAGUUUUCAAGCGAGAACUCGAAGAAGAUGGCAUCCCUAUAGAUCCAAUGAAAGCUGUUUGUACAGUCAAGGGUAUCACAGGACAUGAAGUUUGUCAUUACUUUUGGGCAUUUGACACAAGAAUGGAAUGGGAAGCAACCCUUGAUCACAGCAACCUUGUUGAGUGGCUGUCAGAUGAUACAUUUGUUAGCCACAAUGUGGUCAAGAGAGUCUGGCCGGCAUCCCAGCGUGACGCUUGUUUCUGGUCACACAUCAGACACAUGUCCAAGAGCAAUGAUGAGGGACCUGACAGUUGGAUUGUGGUCAACUAUUCUUGUGAACAUCCAGAUUGUCAGCCAAAUAAAUAUGUCCGUAUCACCAUGAACGUGGCCAUGAUUUGUGAAACCAUCAUAGAACCACCUGCAGACGGGGACAUUUCCAGAGACCACAUUACCUGUAAAAUCACCUACACUGCAGAUGUGAAUCCAGGAGGCUGGGCGCCAGCUUCAGUGUUAAGAGCGGUCUACAGGAGGGAGUACCCCAAAUUUCUCCGACGAUUUACAAGUUUCGUCUCGGAAAAAACAAAAGACAGAGAUAUCCUUUUCUGA